AUGGCCAAUUCGGGGCUGCAGCUGCUGGGCUUUUCCUUGGCAGUGCUGGGCUGGGUGGGCCUGGUGGCGUGCACCGCCAUCCCUCAGUGGCAGAUGAGCUCGUACGCGGGCGACAACAUCAUCACGUCCCAGGCCAUGUACAAGGGGCUGUGGAUGGACUGCAUCACUCAGAGCACCGGCUUGAUGAGCUGUAAAAUGUACGACUCGGUGCUCUCUCUGCCCGCGGCCUUGCAGGCCACUCGAGCUCUAAUGGUGGUAUCGCUGGUGCUGGGCUUCUUGGCGAUGUUUGUGGCCACGAUAGGCAUGAAGUGCACGCGCUGUGGAGGAGACGACAAAGUGAAGAAGGCCCGUAUCGCCAUGACCGGAGGCAUCGUUUUCAUCGUAGCUGGUCUGGCUGCCUUGAUAGCUUGCUCCUGGUAUGGCCAUCAGAUUGUCCAAGAUUUUUAUAGCUCCUUGAUCCCCGUGAAUGCUAAGUAUGAGUUUGGUCCCGCCAUCUUUAUUGGCUGGGCAGGGUCUGCUCUGGUCCUUCUGGGGGGCGCGCUGCUGUCUUGCUCCUGUCCUGGCAGUGAGAGUAAAACCGGAUACCAGGCACCCCGCUCCUACCCUCAACCCAACUCUGCCAAAGAGUAUGUGUGACCUG